AUGUCUCUUGAAUUAGUUCUUCAUCUCCCUCUCUCUCUCUCUCUCUCUCUUUCUCUCUCUCUCACACACACACUUUCUCUUACACUAUCAAUCAAUAGUUUUCUUUCUCACUCUUUUUUAAUCAAAAAUACUGCAGCUCUAUGUCACUGUCAGGCUUUCUUUCUUUUACACUGUCGUGCUACGUGUCUAUAUUUCAAACGCAUUUUUCUCUUUCGAACCUUCUUUAUUUCUUUCUCUUGUUUUCUUUCUCUUAGACUAGACUUGUAUUUUUACCUACCUCUCUCUUUCUUAUUUUCUUUAUCUCUUUUACUUAAUCUAUUCGGUUAUCAGUUUGUAUCUUUCUUUCUCUAUCUCUUUCUUCUCCUUUACCCCAUUCUAUUAUCUAUUGCCCUCAUUCUUUUUUCUCUCUUCCUACAACCUUUAAUUUCUCUCUCUACCUCUCUCUCUCUUUCUCUCCGUCUUUCGCUUCUUCUAUUGAACUAUAUUUCUGUAUCUGUCUGUCUCUCUUUACUCAUACGCCAACAUUCUAUAUUUCUCAUUCUCUUUUCCUUUUACUCCUUUAUUUUUCUCACCCUCCCCUACUCCUUGUGUAUCUCUCUCUCUCUCUCUCUUUGA